GGGCUCUGGGAAGUCCGCGCGCGGCUCCGCUUCGGAGGCAGGACAAGUGGGUGCGGGUCUGGGGCGGCGGCGGGGUCUGGGAAAGGCGGGCUGGGGGUCUCGGGAAGCUCCCGGAUAAUGAACUCCCACGUGGUAGGCCUGGGCCUGGACAAGAUGAAGCUGGGCAAUCCCCAGUCCUUCCUGGACCAGGAGGAGGCAGAUGACCAGCAGCUGCUGGAGCCAGAGGCGUGGAGGACCUACACCGAGCGCCGCAAUGCCCUGCGUGAGUUCCUGACUUCGGACCUGAGCCCGCACCUGCUCAAGCGCCACCACGCCCGCAUGCAGCUGCUGCGUAAGUGCUCCUACUACAUCGAGGUCCUGCCCAAGCACCUAGCCCUGGGCGACCAGAACCCGUUGGUGCUGCCCAGCGCCGUGUUCCAGCUUAUCGACCCCUGGAAGUUCCAGCGCAUGAAGAAGGUGGGCACAGCUCAGACCAAGAUCCAGCUCCUGCUGCUCGGGGACCUGCUGGAGCAGCUGGACCAUGGCCGUGCUGAGCUGGACGCCCUGCUCCAGUCGCCGGACCCACGGCCCUUCCUGGCCGACUGGGCGCUGGUGGAGCGGCGGCUGGCGGACAUGUCGGCCGUCAUGGACAGCUUCCUGACCAUGAUGGUGCCGGGACGGCUGCACGUCAAGCACCGCCUGGUGUCUGAUGUCAGUGCCGCCAAGAUCCCGCACAUCUGGCUCAUGCUGAGCACCAAGAUGCCCGUCAUGUUUGACAGAAAGGAGUCGGCGGCCCACCAGGACUGGGCCCGGCUGCGUUGGUUCGUCACCAUCCAGCCGGCCGCCUCGGAGCAGUAUGAGCUGCGCUUCAGGCUGCUGGACCCACGGACGCAGCAGGAGUGCGCCCAAUGUGGCGUCAUCCCCGUGGCUGCCUGCACCUUCGACGUCCGAAACCUGCUGCCCAACCGUUCCUACAAGUUCACCAUCAAGAGGGCCGAGACCUCCACACUGGUGUACGAGCCCUGGAGGGACAGCCUCACCCUGCAGACCAAGCCGGGGCCCCUGGAGGGGCCCGCCCUCAGCCACUCUGUCCGAGAGAUGAUUUUCUAAUAUUUAUCCACUAAUAAAGAGGAGUGUAAAUGCACAUACGGAAUUAAAGACACAAACCUA